AUGUCACAGAGCGUCACCAGCUGGGCAGACAUCUGUCGUCAGGCCUGUGGCGAGCAACUUAUCCAGGCUUACGGGCAAACGAUGACUCAAGCCCGAAAGGCUUUCCUCGAUCAGAAUCUACAUCUUCUAGUCUCUCUCGAUGGAGAGGUGAUCACCCGAGAGGCCGCUGCAGCCAAGAAGCCCACACUCCGCAUCAUGUCGCUCCCAUUCGCUGUCCGAGAGCAAAUAUUGCAGCACUUACAAGAAGUCAAGACCGUACGCGUCUUUCUGCUGGGGCUCUAUGGCGUACGACCAACUCCAAUCCAGCUGCCCAUUACCGCCCGAGCAGGUGAUCGGACACUUCGCCUGGAAACGAUCCGCACAACUCUGCUUAACUCUGAGAUCGAGAUCCAUUCUGGUCCCGCGAACCACCAAUUGCAGCAGUGGCUUGCGUCCCUUGACUUCUCAUGCAUUCCCCCGAACCUUAGAGACGGCUUCGACGUAGUGCGAAAGCUCUCUUUCCCGUACUUCAGUCGAUUCCCUCAUUACCUGCCACAUAUCACGUUGAAUCAAGACGUCAAUCUGAUGAGAAAGUGCCAGAACCUCAAGCGAGUCAGUCUACACUUUGUGGCGACAACGGUAUUCCGGAAUGACGGCAGCGGUAUGCAAAAGAUGGCGGACCAACUGGUACCAGAAUAUCAUCUGAAUGAGAUGCUUGAGCUAGAUGAGUUGGAGGUCUUGCAUUUCUCUGGUUUCUGCAGCGACGAAUCCGAUGUUGGGGUACGCGGCCUCGCGCGCUGGUUCAAAGAGCAGUACGACAAUCGCAAGGAUCGAGGACUGCGAAAGAAGGAAGUCAAGGUGGUUCUUUCCUGCGGCGAGGUCGUCCAGCUUGGAUUGAACGUUAGCUUGGGGGAGGUGGAGUGGUAUGGGGGCUCCCGGACUGACUUGCGUGCCUCGACUCUAUAUACAGACCUCAACAUGCCUCGACCAAACAUUACCUGGGCCAACGUCUGUCGCCAAGCGAACGGAGAGCGCCUGGAGACCUCAUACAGCAAAAUCGUCACACCCGCACAAGCCGCCUCCUUGCGCAGCAAAUUCGAAAUCAUGCUCCUGGAUCCAGAGAUUCGCCAACGCAUCAUUGUAUCGGCAGCUGAGACGAUCCGUUCAACACUCAUGACGGUCGCACUGGAGGUGCACAGUGGAUGGGGAAAUGCGAGACUCCAGCAGUGGUUGAGCGAGCUGAGGCUCGCCGAAAUCUCGAAAAACAUGGCCGACGGCUUCGAUGCCGUGAGAGCGCUGCGGUUCCCCUACUUCAGCAGGUUCCCGUAUCACCUUCCGCACAUCACAUCCAACGACGACAUCAACCUGAUGUUGAAGUGCAAGGGGCUGAAGUCAGUGGCUAUCGCUUUCUACCCUGGCAGUGUGGUCUCCCUGUGGGGCACUGGGGUACUGGGACCAGAGCUGUCAGCUGACCAGCUGGUGCGAAACUAUUAUCUCGACAACAUGCUCGGAUUGAACGAGCUUGAGGAGCUGCAGUUCCUACAGUACUGCGGGGGCGAUCCUUCGCUAGGCAUUCCUGCGUUGGCGAGAUGGUUCAAGAAAGAGUACCAGCAGCGCAAGGAGUCCGGUCUGAGAGUCAAGGAUGUGCGGAUCUUCCUGCCUGAUGGUACUGAAGUUUGA